CAUGCACGCGUAUGAAGUAAAUUCGAAUGUGUUCAGAUCCGCGAAUUUCGAAUCUGGUUAUUGUUUUAAAUUGUAUGGUAAACCCGUUGAUAAUUUUCACAUAAAUAAUCGCAAGAGAUGGAAACGAAGAAUACCGAAUGCGUGGCGUUGAUGGAAAGCCUUAUCAAACCCAAAGAAUUGCAUCGAUUCCACGAAACAAAAGGCGCUCGCACAACGGAAAAACUUAUUCCGAACAAGAAAGUUCGUAAGCAAAGGAUCUCCCGGCCUCCCAAAGCGAAGAAGCGUCUCACUCGGAAAGAAAUAACUAACUUGGGUUUAUACGCCCUACCGGAGGACACAAUUAGCUAUGAACAGAUGCUGCCACUGCACCGCUUGUGGUGUGGUUAUAUGGCCCGUUACCUAGGAAAGGAUAAACUACCGGAAGUAAACGAGGCCCAAUAUAACAACUUUGUCUCCGAUGUUUUAAAAGUAGAUCUGCAUGGUGCCAAGGUGUCUGUUACUAGAUCAAAAAACCCUAGUUUGGUUGGAGCAAAGGGAAUUGUCCUAUUGGAUACGAAAGGAACUUUUAAAAUCGUUUCCAAAGACAAUCGUGUUCGAACGAUUCCAAAAGUGGAGUGUGUUUUUGACGUGCUCUGGAACAACAUUGCCAUUAGCAUUUUUGGGAAACACUUGAACAGCAGACCCGCAGAACGCUCGGUCAAAAAAAUAAAAGCUUCAAUCGAAUGUGAUCUAUAGUCACUCGCUGAGACUGGUAAGUUAAUGUAUAAGUUACACUACACCAAAUUAUAAUUUAUGAUAUAAGAUGUAUGUACUUAAUUGUUAACCAAUUCAUUUCAAGACACUUAGUGUUUUAAUUUUAAAACAAAUUUAAAUAAAAUAAAUACGUAUAUCAGUAUAUAUAGAUGCCUAGAAACAUAAAAAUAAAACGAAAGCUUUUCAUGGUUUCAUAUUGAAGAACAACAUUAAGCUGAACUAAAAAUCAUGUAAACAAUAAUUUGUAAAAUGUUUGUCAAUGUUUUUAAA